AUGUCUUGCGACCCCAUGUCAUUGGGUCUGUUCAUUGCACUGGGACUAUGGGGCUUCUGGAGAUAUCUGUCCCGACAAAAGAUAGAUCAUGCCCUGAAUAAGAUACCGGGUCCUCCACCUCAAUCCUUUCUAUUUGGGAACCUUCUGCAGUUUUUCCAUCCACGUGGAUCUGGAUUUCACAGGCGUGUUGCACUGGAUUAUGGUCUUGUAUCGAAGAUGUAUGGCAUGUUCAAACGCCCUAUUUUAUACGUGUCAGAUCCUAGAGCGCUGCAUACCAUCGUUGCGAAAGAGGAACAUAUUUUUGAGAAGGCAGACUGGUUCUUGACUCUGAAUACUUUACUGUUCGGGCCUGGCUUGCUGUCCGUGUCAGGCAACCAACAUCGCAAGCAGCGGAGGAUGCUCAACCCGGUGUUUUCGGUAAAUCAUCUCCGCAGAAUGAUGCCUAUAUUCUAUCAGGUUGGACACGAGCUUCGAGAUGCGCUUGCAGGGCGCGUAUAUCAGGACCCAACAGAGCUGGACGUUCUAGAUUGGUGCGGUCGGGCAGCCGUCGAGAUUAUCGGUAGGGCCGGCCUUGGACAUUCCUUCAGAUCCCUCACAGACGACACGGACAGCGCGUACGAACACGCGAUGAAGUCAUUGAUACCCAACAUACAAAAACUUUACGUCUGGCGUCGAUUGCUACCAUUUCUGGUCAAAACGCUUCCAAGUUGGCUCCGCGCGCGGCUCGUCAAUCUUGUCCCCUCUAGGAGCGCGGCAAACCUGAAAUCCAUUGCGAUUUUAAUGGCGGAUAAGUCUCUGGAAAUAUAUAACCAGAAAAAACGCGCCCUCGAUAAAGGAGACCAGGCAGUGGUACAUCAGAUGGAGGAGAAUGACGUUAUGAGUGUCUUAAUGAAAGCUAAUGCAGCGGCGCCAGAUAAAGAGAGGCUAACUGAUGAGGAGUUGCUCGGCCAGAUGUCGACGCUCAUCUUCGCUGCCAUGGACACAACAUCCAACAUAAUGGCCCAUAUUCUACAACUACUCGCUGAACGCCCCGAUAUUCAGGCAAACCUUCGUGACGAGAUUGUCAGUGCACAGGCUGGGGACUCAAUACCUUACGAUGAGUUAAAUACGUUGCCAUUGUUGGAUGGUGUAUGUAAGGAGACUCUGCGACUAUAUCCUCCAGUCGCUAUGGUGACUCGUGUGGCUCGUGAAGAUACCGUGCUGCCGUUGUCAGCACCAAUAAUCGGCACGAAUGGGAGCGAGAUGUAUGAGAUUCCGAUACCAAAGGGCACGGAUGUCAUAAUCGGCUGUUUGGGUUCCAAUAUACAACACGAUUUCUGGGGGCAGGAUUCCCUUGAAUGGAAACCUGAACGUUGGCUUUCCCCAUUACCUGAAACUGUCACGGAUGCCUCCAUCCCAGGCGUGUACUCCAACUUGAUGACCUUCAUUGGAGGGAAGCGAGGGUGCAUUGGAUUCAAAUUUGCUGAAUUAGAAAUCAAGAUGGUCCUCGCUAUCUUGCUGACAACUUUUACCUUCGAGCCUACCCACCAGCCCAUUGAAUGGAACGUAGCUAGCAUAUGGUUCCCAACCGUCGGAAAUGAGAGAAGCAGUCCGCGGUUACCAUUGAAAGUAGGAUUGGUCGAACGGUCUGAAUCUCAGAUAUUGGGCAGAAGGCGCACUUUGAAUCUGUAG